ACCCACGUCGGAGCGCGCACGUCACCAAGGACGAAGCAGAAGAGGGAGAAGCUGAGCCGCCCCUUCCGCGUUCCACGAUGCGGGCCACGAACUACCAGAGGCUGUCGGUGGCGCCGGAGCCGGAGCCGGAGGGUGGCGCGCGCGCCGGCGCCGCGAGGGCGUGGGAGGCCCUGCGGCGAGCCGCCGCGGGGGUGGCCCGGCUGUACGCCGCGCGGCGGCGCUGGGCGGCCCGGAGGCUGUGGGGCGGCAGGAGGGCGGCGUUGCCGUUGCGGGCGAAGGCGGCGGCGGCGAGGUACGAGUACGACUCGGCCAGCUACGCGCGCAACUUUGACGACGGGGCGUGGAUGGCCGACGAGGGCGUGUCCUGGGCUCCUGGCACGCGCGGUCGUUCGGCGCGUGCAGGCUCGCCGCUGUCCAGUGAUUCAUGAAGAGAGCUUCCCUUUCAUAGUUGCUUUGUGGGGACUAGCUACUGAUUAUUUGUUACGAUUGGUUAUAUGUUACAUCUUGUGUAGAAUUGAUUUGUAGCGAGCUGGAAAUUUGUUUGCACUCUAUCUUCAUCGUGUCAAAAACUUACGAACGAAAAAAAAAUAGA